UUGCCCUGCCACCUCUGUCUCUCUAAAAGCCAGGAAUCAUCAUGGAUUCGCUGAUCCUGGCAAACACUCGUUUUGGGUUCAAUCUCUUCAAAGAGCUGAGUCAGAUGAAUGACCGCAACAUCUUCUUUUCCCCUGAGGGUAUCAAGGCAGCCAUCGGCAUGUUCCUCCUUGGGGCCCAUGGAGCCACUGCUGCCCAGUUAUGGAAGGUGCUUUUCUCGGAAAAAGACACAGAAAACUCAAGAAUCAAACUUGAAGAAAAAGAGAUUGAGAAGACAGAAGAUAUCCAUCACCAGUUCCAAAGGUUUUUGAACGAGAUAAGCAAACCCACUAAUGAUUAUGGACUGAAAAUAGCCAACAGGCUAUUUGGAGAAAAGACUUACCUCUUCCUUCAAAAAUACUUAGAUUAUGUUGAAAAGUAUUACCAUGCUUCUCUGGAACCUGUUGAUUUUGUAAAUGCAACAGAUGAAAGUCGAAAGAAGAUAAAUUCCUGGGUUGAAAGCCGAACAAAUGAAAAAAUCAAGGACCUGAUUCCAGAUGGCUCUUUAAGCAGCUCCACCAAGCUGGUGGCGGUGAAUGUAGUUUAUUUUAAAGGGCAAUGGGACAGGGAGUUUGAGAAAGAAAAUACCAAGGAAGAGGAAUUUUGGCUGAAUAAGAGCACGAGCAGAUCUGUGCUGAUGAUGACACAGCGCCAGCUCUUUGGCUUCAUGGUCCUGGAGGACUUGCAAGCCAAAAUUCUGGGAAUUCCAUAUAAAAACAAUGACCUAAGCAUGUUCGUGUUGCUGCCCAAUGACAUAGAUGGUCUGGAGAAGAUUAUAGAUAAAAUAACCCCUGAGAAAUUAAUAGAGUGGACUAGCCCAGGGCAUCUGGAAGAAAGGAAUGUGGACUUGUGCUUGCCCCGGUUUGAAGUGGAGGAUAGUUACGACCUGGAGGCCGUCCUGGAGGCCAUGGGGGUGGCCGAUGCCUUCAGUGAGCAGGAAGCCAGCUAUUCUGAAAUGUUCUCCCUCUCUGGGUUGCGUGCCCAGAAGUUCCUGCACAGGUCCUUUGCAGAAGUGACAGAGGAAGGAAUAGAGGCUGCAGCUGCUACCGGUGUGGGCUUUGCUGUCACAUUUGCGCCAGGUUAUGAAAAUUUUCACUGCAAUCACCCUUUCCUGUUCUUCAUCAGGCACAAUGAGUCCAACAGCAUCCUCUUCUUUGGCCGAUUUUCUUCUCCUUAGGACAGUCAAAUCAAGGCUCCAUUGAUUUCUUCUGAAAGUAAAUCAGUGUCUUAUAAUUUCAUGCACUAAUGGAGAGAAACAGUCUCUUCAAGAAGACCCAUGGACUAGUGAUUUUUGAGACUCCUAUCAGUUCUAGUAUUUUGGUUUAUUAUAAU